AUGGCCUCCCCUAGCGUCCUCACCUUUGACGCUGAGGACGGCCUCUCCCUGUUUGACCUCACUUCUGGUGCCUCCCUUGCGCCUGCUGCUGAUGGUGACGCCACUGUUCGCUCACAGUGGGCCACGCGCGAUGCUGCUGCUCGCCUUGCUGUGCGCCGCCACUUACCGACCACUGAGCGUGCAAUCUUUAGCCAGUACAAGAGUGCUCAGACCUUGUACGACGCUGUAGUUGUACGCUACUCUUCCCCUGCCACUGCUGCACUGAGCCGCCUCAUGCUACUGUACCUCUUCCUUGACCCUGCUGCCUUUCCCACAGUCGCUGACCUCAUCACGCACCUCUGCACUAGUGACACUCACUACCGCGCUGCGCUUCCUGCUGAGUUCUGCGCCAAGAACCCCCCCCCCCCCCCCCCCAUGUACAUCACCCUCUACUACAUAGUCACCCGGCUCCCUGACUCUCUUCGCGGAGGCGGUAGAGGUAGUGGAGGAGGCGGAGGUGGAGGAGGCGGCGGAGGCGGCGGUGGUGGAGCGGGUCGCGACUCUGCGCCGAGGAGUGGCGCCGGUGGUGGUCAGCGCAAGCAGCAGCAGUGGAGUGGUGUGACCCUGUCCCCUCAGCAGCUUCGUGAGUGGUACACUGCACGUCAGCGCGGUGGGGGUUUUGGUCCCUGCGCUUACGUCCUCCGUACCGGCGACCGCGCUGGUGAGUGGUGCGGAGGCCCGCACUCCACCCAGCGCUGCUUUGGUCGCCUGACGGAUGCGUGGCGUUGCCAGUUCCCAGAGGCGUCAGAGAUCCCUCGCUGGGGAGAUCUGACUAAGGCCGGGGUUGCUAUCUUUGAUCUUGACUUUGAUGCUAUUCUUGCUGCCAUGUAUGCUGUUGCUGAUAGUGUUGAGGGUGCCUUUUACCUAUGUGUACCGCCUGACCCGGGCAUUGAGGCCGCUGCUCUAGAUGCUAGUGCGUCUGCUGCCCCAGGUGCUAGUGCGUCUGCUGCCCCAGGUGCUGGUGAGUCUGCUCUCGCAGGUACUACGUCGGCUCAGGCCUUACACACCUUCACCAUGGACUCGGGUGCGUCUCGCUCCUUCUUACGAGACCGCACCACUCUUACGCCGCUUAGUCGGCCAGUUGCAGUCUCCCUUGCAGACCCCUCUGGGGGUCCUUGUCAGAACAUUAUAGCUUACUUAUUUGUGUAG